AGUGACCCGUGUACAAAAACAAUUAAAGACCUGCUUAUUUAAGCAGCAGCUUUAAAGCUGGAAAAACAUUUAGAUUUAUCCUUUAGUUUAAUGGCAGGGGCAGAUGUUGAUAACGUGAAUUGUUGACUUGUAUAAAUGUUGACUUGUAUUAUAAUAACUGCAAAAACGGUACUACAGUAUAAAGAUUAGUAGCUAUACAGUACAUAGUGUAAAUAGUUAGUAUGUGGUAUGAACUUUGGACACAGUGGUGUUGUCAUGGUAUGGGAACUAGUUUUUUCAUUUUAUUGUGUAUUUUCUUGAGGACAAUAAAUGCAUUUAUUUUACACUUUGGACACUUAAAUAAUAUGGUGGAAGGUAAAUAAAGUGCCUAUCGCUACAUAUUUACAGUCUACACAGUAACUUCAGCCAUAGGGACAAUUAGCUUACAUUGUAGGCUAACUAUUGUAAUAAGCGGGAUUAAAUGUAGAGCAAGGCUCUCAUUAUAGUGACCAUGACAUGGUGAUGCAGGACCCCGACGCGAAGCAUACACAUAGCUAGUUAACAAAUCAGGAGUGAUAAUGGACACAGCCUCUCUCUUCUCACCAUUCUGCCACCAGCAGUUAGUUUCAGUUGAACAUUCUGUUGCUAGUAGCAACCGUGGAUGUAUUAAGAGAACAGUACUGGCACAGUUGUAUAGCAGUUGGGAGUUAAACUGAGAUUUUUAGCUUCAUCUACCACUCUGUGAACAAGCAAAUAUUGACAGGCAUCUUUUAGCUAUCUACUGAAAAAAUACGCUUUUUGGACCAUUACUUGUAGGAUGGCGCUAACACACAAACUGCAAGAAAGGAAGUCUCUGAGGGACCAGUGGCUGAUGGAGGGAGCUCCCUUGUCCCCAACCUCCCAGAGCCCCCGCUCCCCUCUUUGGGGCGCCCAGGAGAUUGAAACGCGCAUUGACAAGUUGCAGUCAGAGAGUCAGCAGUUUGAACAGGAGGUAGAGAAGCUGAAGGAACAGAUGAAGCAUGGCCAAACGGAGGCAGUGAAAGUGGCAGAGGCUGGAGCAGAAAUGAUUGUGCAGAACGGAGACAACAAUGCAAUAGGUUCGGAUAAAGUAAAGACAAACCAAAGCGCACGACUGGAUGAAACCGCAGCUGUCCUUACCAAUGGCGGAGGAGACAUGGAAGCAGACCCCAGUCACGACACUACCACCACCAACGGACCAGUUGGAUCCUCUGAGGGCGUUACUAGCAUGACAUUGGAGCCUGAGUUAAGCCUGGGUGUUUCUGAGGCAGAGCCUGGUCGGGUUCUAAAUGCCAAGGUUAAUGGGGAGGAGGAAGAAGGGACCGUGGUGAUGAGAGCAGAAUGUGUGAUCAUCACAGAUGAUGGGGAUGAUGUGUCGAAGGAUCUUGCACCACAGGAAGAUCAGCAGGAGAACAUGCAGUCAGAGGAAACCCCUCUGCCGAAUCCUGAAGGAGGCCAAGAUGGAGGGGAGGAUGUGGAGGAGGUAGUAGAAACCGAAGCCGCUCCAGAAACUUUCACACAACCAGAGAAGAGUGAGGCAACUGAACGCAUUGCGGAGGCACCACCAGCAACUGGAGAUGGAGACGUGCAGCGUGGCGCCAAGACAAACGAAAAAGGAGAUCGAGAGACGAAAACUGAAGGACAGCACAGACAAUGGGAAGACCCAACCUCUGUGCAGGUGCAGUCCCCAGCCAGUGCUCCAGAUGGCACUGCAGUGGUUUUGGUGCCAGUCUACUCUAAGGUACAACCCUCUACUCUCACCCUUGAACUAGAGGCUGAGGCUGAAGCUGAGGCAGCAUUAAAAGCCCAAGACCCUGCCCCCGUGCCCAGCCAGUUCCAGGAGGUGCCCCUGGCCGAUCCCCAGGAGAUCCAGAGGACAGAGGCAAGGCCGGAGGAGAGGGAACCCCUUCUGUCACAGGCCAAAGCCGCCGACACCCAAGCAAAGCCAGCAGCAGCUGCCAGCACAGAGACACACAGCCCGACCAGGGCUAGCCAGGGAGAGGAGACCCAGGCACCCAAACACAAAACCUGCCAGUGCUGCUCUGUCAUGUAAAUGCCCUCUCUGUACAUUCAUAUCCACUCUCCCUUUUUACUCUGUCCCUCUGCUCUUCAAUUCAUAACACACUCCUUCCCUCGUCUCUUUGUUUUAUGCACCCAUCCUUUUUCUGUCUUCAAGCGACUUCAUUUUCCUCCCCUACUUUCUGUCCUCAUUCCUUGUAUUCAUCCUGAAUCCCACUCAAGUUUGGAUACCCACUUCGUUUGGAGGAAGUGGGCUCUCGACUCCAACAUGAAGACGGGGGGGGU